AUGAUUUCAUACGUGGAAAAUCAAUUUCUUUUACAUCAUUAUACUUAUUUAAACGAAAAUUUUUUAGAUAUUGUAACAAUCGCGUUUCAACAUGAACCAUGGAAAAGGUUACAAGAAUUCUGUUUGGAUCAUAUUUGUCCAAAUCCUUCAAUAAUUUUAACGUCAACAAAUUUUCUCUCAUAUUCUGAGGCGAUCUUUUCAGGAAUUUUACAACGAGAUGAUUUAGUGAUGAAAGAGAUUGAUGUGUGGGAUAUGCUCUUAACAUGGGGAAUAAAUCAAGAACCUCGUUUAGGAGAAUAUGGUGAAGGGAAUAUGAUUAGCCAGAUAGUUGAAAAGUGGUGUGACGAAGAAUUUGAAACUUUAAGGGAUAGAUUAAAGAAUUGUAUUCAAUUUGUAAGAUUUAGUGAUAUUUCCCCUGAAGAUUUUUUCGUCAAGAUUAGACCUUUAAAAAAUAUAUUUCCCGAAGAUUUAUAUGAAGAAAUUUUAUGGAAAUUUAUUAGCCCAAGAAACGUUAUAUUCGAGAGUAAAAGUUUUGAUGUAAAAAAUGGGUUUAAUUUAAGUAGGAUCAGAAAACAUCAAGUUGACACCGCUAUUUAUAGUUAUGCGAAUUGUGGACCCCAGUGGGGCGGGAAUGACUUGAGAGCCUGGGGAAGUUUUAAUGCUGAUUGUUGUCAAUGUGUUCAUUAUAGGUAUGAAAAUGCCGUUAGAAAUAAUCCUGAUUUAUUUUCGGCUGAGGAAUUUGAAGUUUUUCAAUUAGUUAAAAGAAUUUAA